AUGCAGCACAAAUUCCUCGCGGAAGCCAGUUGCGUUGCAAUGCAGCAAAUCUUCUCUAAACUAACUUGCGGUAAGUGGCCGACCCCGGAUGCCAUCGCACAGCGUAUCCAGCGAGCAUUGCAACAGCCGCCCAGCCUUCUAGAAGAUGGACCGCUUGCCCCUCUAAGAGUUGUUGGCCCUGUUUCUCAUCAAGCUUCUCACACCCCUCCGAGCACAGCUGACCCUUCAUCCCGCAUAUUUUUGCCAGGGGGGGGCAAUCAUCAGUUGAAUUCAGAACCGCAAGGCGCCGCAGUUGUCCCAAAAACAAAUGAACAAGAGUCCAUAGAUCAUGCUGCAGCUGAUCAGCCUGUGCAUGCCUCCACGAAAAGACAGAAAAAACCCGAGGAUAAGCGCAAGGGGAAUGAAGAUAAGGGUACUGAAGAUGCCUCCGGCAAAGCUGGCGGUGACGUCACCAUAGAUUCAGAAGUAGCUAACUCUAGCAGGUCCGGAGAAAAGCCCAAGAAAAGGCACAAGGAUAAGCAAGAAGGUUCAAAUGCUGAGGAGCCGAACAGUGCAAGUAUAACGGCGGAACACAGCCACGAUAGCGAGCACCCAUCGUCAACACUAUCUUCAGAUAAGGCGAAGAAGCACCACAAGCCAAAACACAACAAAGAUAAGAGCGAAGGCAGCCAGGAAGCAAACGAAAACAGUGAUACCCAAGCUGAAACCGGCGCCGUGGGUACUGGCGACUCUGCUGAAACGGGUGAAAAGAAGAAAAAGAAAGCCAAGGCUAAAGAAAAAGAAGACAAUGACAAGGGAGACGAAGGUGCAGGAACAAAGUCUGACACAAAGAAGAAGAAAAAGAAAGCGUCAGAUGGGGAGGUGGAUGCCGAGAGGCCGUCUGAUGAGCUGCCAAAAGAAGAGCCAAAGAAGAAGAAGAAAAAGGACGAGGAUAAAUCUGCUAAUAGGGAUCAUGGCAGUAACGAAGCUGUCUCGGAGAAACAGGUGGAGAGCAAGGAGGAAAAAGUCAAGGAGAAAGACACUGCUGAAAAGCUCGAAGCACCAGGCGGGGAGUCUGGAAAUGCCUCAGAAAAGAAGAAGAAAAAGAAGAAAGAUGGCGCAAAAGAUAGUGCCUCGCCUCACGAAGAGAGUGACGGAGAACCACCAGCAGCAGACUCAAAGAAGAAAAAGAAAAAGAGCGACGAGAAAAAGGAGGCUUCGGAGACACCUGACGGGCAUGACGACUCGUCAGGCGCUCCAGAUGCGAAGAAAAAAAAGAAGAAGAGUGAUGAGAAAAAGGGGGAAACAGAAAAGCAUGACGGGUGUGAAGACGGGUCAGGUGUUCCAGAUGCCAAGAAAAAAAAGAAUAAGGAUAAAGGCGAGGAGCACGGUGCAGCAGGAGAAAAUAAAGAAGGUGCUAUGGAGGACCAUAAAGGGGACAAGCCAAAGAAAAAGUCAAAAAAGGAGAAAAAGGACUCAGCGAACGAUGGCUCGAAUGAGACAGGGGAAAAGCACAAAUCUAAAGGCAACCCCCUUGCAAACUGCUCAAGCCGUAAGUGCAUUCAGUUCCCUGUACGUAACUUUCUGUGCUCGAAGGCAGCCUUAUGUGCUUUGGUGGCGAUUCGUCUUCAGAUCCUGCUUGCACAGUAA